CAAGUCUUGUGGAUCAGUAGAACUUUAUUCUUCACCACCACUCAUGUAUACUACAUUAUCCUUCCCUUCUCUUUUCCCUACCAUUUCUCACAAUGUCAACACCACUUCAACCAUCACACUUGGGCACAAUAACUUUUUCACCAGCAAACCUCAUGAACUUGGUAGCCAAAGUCGUAAAGUUUCUGGCAGUCAAUGUCGGGCUAGACGGCAACUAAGAUAUAGUGAAGACGAAUGUGAAAAUGAUGAAGAAUAUGGACACAAUGAAGCGAUAUCAUUGUUAGAAUUCUAUAGCCAGGUGGCAAAAGACGAAGCACUUUUGGUUAAAGCAAUCGUUGAUGACCUAGAAGUUGAAGUUCUAAUCUUUAAGGGAUUCUCAUCGAGCUUGAGCUCAGGAACUUCUCCUGACCCCACAAGGAGCAUUCUCCCGGCAAGAGCGGUUAUAAAAUCUAUUGAUCGAGUCAAAGGUCCUUUUGAUCCAUCUAAUAUCGAUUACAUUGAGAAGGACUUGACACUUGAAGCCUUUGAAACAGUUGUUGAAAAAAUAAAAUCCAUUCGAUCCAAUCAUCAAAAUUGAGUGACUAACUCAAUUCUCAUGCAUCGGUUUGUUUUCACAUAUAUAAUUCACAAGCAUAUAUUCAUAUAUUGAUGUUUUACACUUUCCAAAUUAAAUUCUUAAUAGUUGCGAAGAUAAG